UCUGGCGUCCAGGACAAGCAGUGUUUGGGCUCGGGUGCAUGGUUGUAGUUCGCAAUGGGUGGCAACGCCAGCUGCUGCAAGGAUGGAGAGCUGCCGGAUCCCUCAGACCAAAUAUGUGUAAAUGUGGAAGGUCCCGGAGACUGUCUUGCCGGAGCCGGCCAAGAUGAUCCUCAGCCACAAGAGGUGGAGAUCUUAGACCCAGAGGCCAGCCCCGCAGAAGGGCUCAGGCGCACCAAGUCCUUGCUGCACUUGGAGGUGGAUGAAGAGAUAUUGCGCGGGAUUUCCUUGAGCAAGACAUUGCGUGGCUUGGGCAAGCUCUGGAGGCAUUCCCCCAGCGAGCUUCCUACGAAACAGCGAGAGACUUUGUGGCGGAAUUCCAACAAGGUGGUGUCCCUGCAUUUGUUUGUCUCACACACCUGGAGGACCUCAGGCAGAUGGAAGGUCUUAGCUUUGCUGCUGCGGACUUCCUGGACCCAUGUGAUCUUGUCAUGGGCUCUUUGCGUAGCUGCGACGACUUGCCUGUACGCGUGGGAGGUUUUGCCGCGACCAAUGACAGCGGUAAACGAUGUGGAGAUUCUGGGCACGGCAGUGCACGUGAGAGUUGGUCCCUGGCUGAUGGUAGCCCAUCUGCCUUCAAUCCUGCUUGGCUUUGCUGUGGCCCCAUACCUGGCACGUUUCCGCAGCGACCAGUGCUUCCUGGAUGUUGCGUGUAUUCACCAAACAGACGAGAAGCUGAUGGAGCGCGGCGUCUACGGUUUGGGCGGCUUUUUGGCUCGGUCCAAGACGCUGCUGAUCCUUUGGUCCAAGCCGUAUUUUUCGAGACUUUGGUGUGUCUUUGAGAUAGCUGCCUACCGAGCUGCCAAUCCUGAAGGGCAUCUGCAGUUGGCUCCGCUCUUCGUGGAGUUGACGGCGUUACUCCUGUGGGCGGUGGCAUUUUGUGCUGCAGUCUUGUCGUUUGCUGUAUCUUUCGUUCAAUCACCAAUGAACCAGCUUGCCUGGCUGGCGAUCCCAUUUGCCUUGGUGCCGCAACUGCUGGCCACGCAUUUCUUGCGGCGCCUGAUUUCUCAGAAGCACCGCUUGACGGAGGAAUUGGCAAACUUUUAUGUUGCAAAAGCAGAGUGUCAGCUCGACUUCGACCGGCAGUUCAUUAUGACAGCCAUCGAUGCCUGGUAUGGAAGCGAGAAAGCCUUCAACACGUAUGUCCAAGGACCUCUUCGAGAAGAAUUAUUGUCCAUGAGAUCGGAUCAAAUUCCUUCAGUCUACUUCCUUCUGUUCUAUUCAAUUGUCAUGACGCCCAGCCUUGAGGUCUUUAUCGGCAUGUGCCUGGAUGGCUACCCCCUAGACGUUUUAUGGGCACGGGUUCUGGCGCAGCACAUCGGUUUUUCUUUCGCAUCUCAAAUGGUCAGCUUCAAAGUCUUAAUCUAUUUGUGCGACCGCUUUGCCACUGCAAGAUUUGGUGGUUCUUGUCCAGUGCUUGAAGGACUCAUUGAUUUCCUGCAGUCCGUGGUCAUCUUUGUAGGCUACUUGAUAGUUGACCUUGGGAGCUAUGUUUGCUGUGCACGAGCACAACAAGCACUCUGGAGCUCUGCGCUUUAUGGCUUGUCGAUGCUCUGCCUGGCCGCGUUCUUCCAUGGCUGUUGCCGCCGUCGAUGUUGGUAAGAUUUGUCCGCAGUGGCCAAAAUCGAAGCCCAACGUUGAUCAUGUUUGUAGAUGGUUCUGUCCCAACUUGGUUUGAUUGGGAUUAUAAGGCCUAGAUAGACUGUCGUGACCAUCUUAGUAGAAUUGACGUAUUUUCCCUGCGUUGAUUUUAAUUCGUUUUUCUCAAUAAUUCUUGGAGCAAUUGGUUUCACCCGCUAGACGCGGUUUCACUUCACCAGCCAAGUCUGCAUGUUCCGAAAGGCCUCCAGCCUUUGCCUCGAUUUCGCAUGUAAAACAGUAG